AUGUUGAGUCAGUCGUCAAUCUGCCACCUGGACAAUCCGGCGGUGACGUCGAUCCUGUCCCUGUUCUGUUAUCCGCUGAGCACAUCUGGUCGCAUUGCAAGCGUCCUCAAAACGCCUCACAACCAGCUUGACGAUCUUCAAGCAGUUUUCGUUCCUGGCGAAACGUCAGCCCAGCCGCGUUUCCUUGGACAAACACAGCUGCAAUUAACGAUGCAGCAAAAAUGUCACGAAAUCGAACACCUGUGCGACGGAAGCGCCGAAGUAGUUGUUUACGACAGUGCGGACCGAGUUGAGGGAAAUGCCGUGUACGACUCUGUGUGGUUUCUACGACGCAGUGCAGCCUAUGGCUAA